AUGAAGGCCAAGACUGUUGACCUUAACCAAAAUGAUCUUAACCUUCUUACCUCCCGUCUCCUUCGAUCAGAAUUCAUCAAGAACGUCCACAAAGACAAGGUGAUACACCUACACGUCUCUCAACUUCGUCAAGAUCCAAAUCGCAAAAAGUCGAAGAAGAAUCCACUGCCAAAUGAUCAGGCUGCCGACUCUGUGCUUCUUAAUCCCAAAAAUCAGCCAUGGAAAUUGCUGUCCGCGCCCCAAGCGGCUUGGUCCACAGGUCUUUGUGGAGACGGGGUGCGUGUGGGGAUCUUCGACACGGGUCUCGUGAACGCCUACCAUUACUCUCACUUCAGAAAUGCCAACAUUGUUGAACGCACCAACUGGACGUGGCGACUGAAGAACGCAAAGGUGGACACCAACCCCAGCGCUGUGGAUGGCCAUGGACACGGUACCUUCGUUUCUGGCUUGAUCGCCGCCUCCAUCCCCGACCUCAAGGAGACGUCCUUCUCCGACGACUCAUGUCUCCCUCUUGGGCUGGCGCCGCACGCCGAGCUCUACAUUUUUCGCGUUUUCACCGACUCCCAGUUCUCCAUGACCUCGUGGUUUUUGGACGCCCUAAACUACGCCAUCGCCAAACGUCUGCAUGUGAUUAACCUGAGCAUCGGGGGUCCCGACUUCAUGGAUCAGCCCUUCGUGGAUAAGGUAAAUGAAUUGUCCGCCAACGGCAUUUUGAUGGUAUCAGCAAUUGGAAAUGACGGGCCAGUUUUCGGUAGUCCGAACAACCCCGCUGACCAAAUGGACGUUCUUGGUGUUGGUGGCGUGGACGCCCUGGGCAACGUCGCCACCUUCUCAUCCCGCGGCCCAACCGCCUGGGAAAUGCGCGACGGUUACGGCCGGUUCAAACCGGACAUUGUGACCUGGGCUACAGGCGUCAUCAGCUCCAACCUCGAUGGGGGCUGCAAAUCUCUGUCGGGAACUAGCGCGGCCUCGCCAGUUGUCACAGGAUCUGUGGCCCUACUCAUUAAUGCUGCACUGUCGCAUCGUCCGGAGGGCCGAGACGCCCCGUGUCCGUCCGGCUGCCCGCCCAUCAACCCCGCCAGCCUGAAGCAGGCCAUAAUGGCCGGUGCCGGGCCAAUCAGCGUUGAGGGACGCAAAACGGCCUCCAUCUUUGAGCAGGGCGCGGGGAUGCUCAACUUGCAGCGCUCCAUCGAUGUGAGUUCUGAUUUUUCUCCCGUUUUUCUUGUCGCACGCAUCCUCACUUGCUACUCGGAGACUUCGAGCAUAAAAAAACCAGACAUGUCUGGUGGUUGUCGUGUCUGGUUUUGGGGGGUGAUUGUGUGUGUUAAAAUUUACACAGGACCCCAAAUUAGUGUUGUGGGUGAAAAAUUCUGA